ACCAAAAACCCUUUCUAAAUUCUCAUUUAUUAAUAUUCUCCCAAACUAAAAAAAAAAAAAAAAAAGAACCCAUCAUGGGAUCUACUGGAAAGAGAAGAAAAACUGUUGAUUUCUUUGUUCCUAGUCUUUUCUCAAAUCAAAAUUCACAAUCUUUCUUCAAAUUAUCAUUACUACUGUUUUUAUUUUUAAUAUUUUUAGUUGGAGAGUAGAAUAUUCAUUAUUAAUUGAUUUUGUUGUUGAUUAUAUUUGUUCAAAUCUAACCGCACAUCUCAAUCACACUUUCUCACUAAACCCAAAACAUGAUCGAUUCUUAGAAAGAGAAAUGAGUACAAAAGUCUUUUCAUUUUUUAAUUUUUUUUUCUACCCUUUUAAGAUUAGAGAGAGGGGAUGUUAAUACCCACAAGAAUCCCUAGUCUUAGAGAGAGAAACUGCGAAUUGGGUCUCGAUUUCUAGGGCUUUUUCUUGCAUUUGGAGCUAAGUUCAAUCCCAUUCUUCUACUGGGGCUGAGAGAGUGUUGUUUUAGAAAGAGAGUGAAGUUAAAAUUUGACUUUUGUUAUUGGUUUUUUUUUUUUUUUUUUUGGUAUAUUGGAAAAUGGAGAGCGGGGUUGAUGGUGGUGGCAGUGGCGGCGGCGGCGGCGGAGGUGGUGGGGUUGGAUUAGAGGGGGAGAAGAAGAAGCCGCUGGAAGGGGAAACGAAAGUCAAGAGAAAGAUGAAGACUGCUUCUCAGCUUGAAAUUCUGGAGAAGACCUAUGCGAUGGAAAACUAUCCAUCAGAAGCCUCGCGCGCGGAGUUAUCAGUGCAAUUGGGGCUUUCUGAUCGGCAGCUGCAGAUGUGGUUCUGCCACCGCCGGUUGAAGGACCGGAAGACGCCGCCAGCAAAGCGGCAACGGAAGGAUUCCUCAUCUCCAGCUGCAGUGAUAGCAACUGGGGAAGAAGUGGCUGGAGGUGAGGCGGGAAAUGAGCUUGCAUCAGGGUCUAGUCCGUUUGGACAUAGUGUGGAGCCAAGGCGGGUGUUUCUGAGGCCUGGAGUAGCUGUACCCAGGUACUAUGAGACACCACAGACCAUAGCUGAGUUUCGGGCAAUAGCUUUUGUGGAGGCACAGCUCGGAGAGCCGUUGAAGGAGGAUGGACCAAUUCUUGGAAUGGAGUUUGAUCCCUUGCCACCUGGUGCAUUUGGUGCCCCAAUAGGAGCAUCAACUACAGUGCAGCAUGACCAACCUGGACAGCCUUUUGAAACCAAGCUGUAUGAACGACCUGAUGCAAAAGCAGCCAAGGGUACAGUUAGGGCUCUCCAUGAAUACCAGUUUCUUCCUGAGCAGCCAACUAUGAGAAAUGACACACAUGAAAGAGUUGCUCCAUCCUAUCACUAUGGGUCGCCUGCUGAUGCUCCAAAUGCGAGGGGGCGUACAUUAGUGCAUGAAAAUGAACAUAUGCUCCCUACAUAUGGUGUUUCUGGUCACAUGCCAAAUUUGAAUCUUUUGCCUCAACAAGCCAGGAAGGGGAAUGUCUUGCCAACUGCUUCUGUAGAAUAUGAUAAUGCUUCACGAAGGAACUCCUUUACAAAUACUUCUGUUGAUGCUAAUAUUGGUACUCUCCCAAUAGCUGCAUUGGAAAGCCCAUUUGUAUCAUCUGACAGGAGAUCCAGUCUAGAUGAGGAUACUUUGCGAGUGGAAAGGAAGCGAAAGAGUGAAGAGGCAAGAAUAGCACGUGAAGUUGAAGCUCAUGAGAAAAGGAUCCGAAAAGAGCUUGAAAAGCAAGAUAUCUUAAGGCGAAAGAGAGAGGAGCAAUUAAGGAAAGAAAAGGAGAGGCGUGACCGUGAAAGGAGGAAGGAAGAGGAGAGGCUUUUACGAGACAAGCAGCGAGAGGAGGAGAGAUACCUGAGAGAGCAAAGGCGUGAACUAGAGCGGAGGGAGAAGUUCUUGAUGAAGGAGUCUAUGAGGGCUGAAAAAAUGAGACAAAAAGAAGAGCUGCGCAAGGAAAAGGAAUUAGCGAGGCUUAAAGCUGCUAAUGAGAGAGCUAUUGCUCGUAGACUUGCUAAAGAAUCAAUGGAACUUAUUGAUGAUGAACGUUUGGAGCUCAUGGAGCUAGCUGCAUCAAGCAAAGGGCUGCCUUCAACACUAUCUCUUGACUUUGAAACUUUGCAAAACCUUGAUUUGUUUAGAGUUAAGCUGUGCAAGUUCCCUCCCAAAACUGUUCAGUUGAAAAGACCUUUCUCAGUCCAGCCAUGGGACGGUUCUGAGGAGAACAUUGGGGAUCUUCUUAUGGUAUGGAGGUUCUUGAUUACUUUUGCAGACAUUCUUGGGCUUUGGCCUUUUACUCUGGAUGAGUUUGUCCAAGCUUUUCAUGAUUAUGAUCCAAGGUUGCUGGGUGAGAUACAUGUUGCUCUUCUGAGAUCUAUCAUUAAAGAUAUCGAGGAUGUUGCACGGACACCUUCCCUGGGGCUAGGAACAAACCAAAAUAAUGCUGCUAAUCCUGGAGGUGGGCACCCUCAGAUUGUUGAAGGGGCAUAUGCUUGGGGAUUUGAUAUUCGUAGUUGGCAGCGCCACUUAAGUGUAUUGACAUGGCCUGAAAUUUUACGACAGUUUGCUCUCUCUGCUGGAUUUGGGCCGCAACUAAAGAAAAGAAACAUUGAGCAGGCAUAUCUUCAUGAUGACAAUGAGGGUAAUGAUGGGCAAGAUAUUGUUUCUAAUUUGCGAAAUGGAGCAGCUGCUGAAAAUGCUGUUGCUAUAAUGCAAGAAAGAGGUUUUGGUAAUCAGCGCAGGUCUAGGCAUUGCUUGACGCCUGGAACUGUUAAAUUUGCAGCAUUUCAUGUUCUUUCUCUUGAGGGCAGUAGGGGCCUCACAAUACUAGAAGUUGCAGAGAAAAUUCAGAAAUCUGGACUAAGGGAUCUUACGACUAGCAAGACGCCAGAAGCUUCCAUAGCUGCUGCUUUGUCAAGAGAUACAAAACUUUUUGAGAGAACAGCUCCUUCAACAUAUUGUGUGCGUUCUCCAUAUAGGAAGGAUCCAGCUGAUGCUGAGUCCAUACUUUCUUCAGCCAAAGAAAGAGUAAGGAUAUUUAAGAGUGGAUUAAUAGGAGAAGAUGCAGAGGAUGCUGAAAGAGAUGAUGAUUCUGAAAGUGAUAUAGCAGAGCAUCCUGAGGCUGAUGAUUUAGGUGCUGGGUUAAAGCCCAAGAAAGAGGCUUACAUUUCUCAGGGAAAUAGCAGUUCCAAUGUAAAAACUACCCGGGAAAAUGGAAAUAAGAGUGUAAGGAAUGGGAUUUUAGAAGCUUCGCAAGGUGAAGUUGGGAAUAGAAGUGAGGAGUUGUCAUCAACACAUCCUGAAGGUUUCAAUGAGGUAAAGGAUAUUGGAGCGCUUAAUUCUAUUGAUGCAGCUGUGAUACAUAAUGAUGCAACUAAUGUCAAUCAAGAAGACACAGACAUUGAUGAAAGCAACCCUGGUGAACCCUGGGUUCAAGGACUUAUGGAAGGGGAAUACACUGAUCUGAGUGUGGAGGAGCGCCUUAAUGCACUUGUUACUUUGAUUGGUGUGGCAAUUGAAGGAAACUCUGUUAGAGUUGUUCUUGAGGAACGCCUGGAAGCAGCAAAUGCUUUAAAGAAGCAAAUGUGGGUGGAGGCACAACUUGAUAAGCGACGUCUUAAAGAAGAGUUUGUGGUGCGGACAAAUUUUUCAUCACAUGUGAGUAACAAGAUAGAGCCUAGCCUUACAGGUCCCUCGGCUGAAUGUAGGGAAAGCCUGCUUAUCACUGCUUGUGAAAAAAAUAUUCAGACGUCAUUGGAACCUACUGUGCAGCAAGAAAGACUGAAUGAUCCACAAAAUGAUCACAAUUAUUUAAACAAUAUGCCACCAGAGGGAAGCUUGCUGAUCCCAGAUAUCUCUGCUGGGCCAGACAAUCUCCCAUAUCACCAAUCAGGAUAUGCCGCUGAAAGAUCACGCUUACAAUUGAAAUCUUACAUUGGUCACAAAGCAGAGGAGAUGUAUGUACAUAGGUCAUUGCCACUUGGUCAGGAUCGAAGACGGAACCGUUACUGGCAAUUUAUUACUUCUACAUCUUUGAAUGAUCCUGGCUGUGGCAGGAUCUUUGUUGAGUUACAUGAUGGCCGUUGGAGGCUCAUUGAUACUAAAGAGGGUUUUGAUGCACUGUUGGCAUUUUUGGAUGUCCGUGGGGUCAGAGAAUCCCAUUUGCAUUCAAUGUUGCAGAAGAUUGAGGUGUCCUUCAGGGAAGCUGUUAGGAGGAAUGAGCUGCAUGGUAAUGUGGAGAUGCAAAACCAGGAAAGCAUUAAAAUAGAAGCCAACCAAAUGGUUUCUAGUAGAAUGAUAUAUGCUUCUGAUUCUGAUAUCUCAGAGACGUCAACUUCUUUUCAAAUUGAGCUGGGAAGGAAUGAAAAGGAGAAACGUGAUGCAUUGAAAAGAUAUGAAGAUUUUGAGAAGUGGAUGUGGGUUAGUUCAACACCAUUACGUGCCUUGAAAUAUGGGAAGAAAAGGUGCAAGGAGCUGUUGGGAAUAUGUGAUUACUGCCAUGGCAUUUAUUUUUAUGAAGAUAACCAUUGUCAGUCUUGCCAUGAGACCUAUGGGGCCUCAAAAAGCAAUUUAUAUUUUACUGAGCAUGCAGCUCGGUGUUCAGCGAAGCUGCAAAUGGACCCUAUUUCUACUCUGGAUGGUUCAGUCUGUUCUCCUCUGAGGAUGAAAUUGCUUAAAGUGCAGUUAGCUUUGGUUGAGGUUUCUGUUCCGUCAGAAGCUCUUCAACCUUUUUGGACUGAUGGCUCUCGAGAAGCUUGGGGUGUGAAAUUGCACUCCUCAACAUCAGUAGAAGAGCUUCUCCAGAUGUUGACACUGCUGGAGGAGUCUAUCAAGAGGGACUAUUUAUCAUCACUCUAUGAGACAACAAGUGAAUUGUUGCCUUCAUCUAACCCAUCAGAUAAUGUUUCCAAUCUUGGAGCAGUCACCAUACUUCCUUGGAUUCCCCAAACAACAGCUGCUGUGGCUCUAAGACUCUCGGAGUUUGAUGCAUCCAUAUCAUACACACUUGAUCAGAGAGUUGAUUCUCAGGAAGACAAGGGAGUUGGAGAAUUCAUGCUUCGCUCGAAACAUGUUGUGGCAAAGAGCACUCAAGAUGAUGAAAGACUUCCAACUCCAUAUCAAGCUAAGUAUCUUCAAGAAGAAAACUGGGUCAAUGCAGCUUUUUCUGGUUCCAACCGUGGACGAGGCCGUGGAAAGGCACGUGGCCGAACAACACGUGGAAGAUCUCAGAGAAGGGUCAGUGGUCCAAGAUCUGAAUCUGGUAAGAGACAUGCCACAGAAAGUGACGAAUUAGUUCAGGUGCUGGGUUGGAAAGGGCAAUCACGUGGACGAGGAGGGCGCAAGCGUGGUCGCCGCAGUACCAGAAGUAGGCCAAAACCAGCAAAGAAAGUGGUUCAGAUUGUCAAUGAAAGAGAUUACCCAAAAGAAAUCACUGAGAAAUCAUCUGGUGGCUUGGAAAAGGAUGACUGGAAUGGAGGUGGUUUAAUGAGAUCACAAGCAAAGGCUAUUGACAAUCCUAGCAGUUCAGGAAGAUCUGAGUACAGCGAUGAAAAUGGCCAAGCAUCAGGUGAUGAGUAUGAUGAUCUUGUGGCAGAUGACUAUGCCAGACAUAGUCGUUUCAAUGACAAAUCUGAUGACUUAGAUGCAAGUGAUUACAAUGUAGAUGGCGAUGAAGAUGAUGAAUAUGCUGAUGACGUUGCAGAGGAUGAGCAAUGGAACUUUAAUCUCCAUAAUAACGUUCCAGAGGACAAGCAAGGGAACUUCAAGGGAGGAUACAUGAAUGAGAAUUCUGACGAAGAGGGAAUCAGGGAUGGAGAUGGUCAGGAUUCCAAUCCAUACCCAAAACAAUAUGGAUAUUCAACGGAAGCUUCCUCAGAUUUCAGUGAGUAGAGAAAAGCUGAGGAAGUUCUUUUUCUUGGGGCAUCAACAACCUUGUAUUUCAACUGUUGUUGGAGGAACUGGUCAACUGUAAAACACCUCCACUUUACUCAUUGUUAUAGAAAUGCAUAGCUCU